AAAACCUCUUCUCCUGAUGUGUCUCCUCAUCUGGUGGCCACUGGAAUUGACUUCUGCUGAUAAGAACAGUAACUGGUGUUACGGGAGUCCGGAAUGUGAUUUCAAAACAUGGAAGGGAAAGUGUAAAACGGGGUCCAAACAGUCACCCAUCAACCUGGAGAAAGACUCAGCGGUGCGCGACAAAUCUCUUACCCCCAUUGAGACUGAGGGCUACGAUGUUCCUGGCAAGAUAACUGGAGUUACAAAGGAGGAAAACACAGUGAAAGUAAAGUUGGGAGAAGGCAUCCGCAUAAAAGGUGGUGGUCUUGGAGGCCAGUACGAAGCAAAAUCCAUAGAUUUUCGCUGGGGCGGUUGGCCUGAAGAUAAUUUCAAUGCUGAAGACUCGACUUGGCUUGGCUCUGAACACAGCAUCGAUGGAAAGAAAUACCCCAUGGAGAUGCAAAUUAAUCACGUCAAACUCCCCGGUGCAGGCAGCACAACCAAGGACAGAGCGGUCCUUUCCUUCUUCAUUCAGAAAUCCAUGGAAAAGCCAAAGCCUGACGAUCUUUUCCCCAUCUAUGACUGCAUUGACACUUUAGGAGAUGACACGAACUGUGAACUGGACAGCAAGACAACUCUCACCGACUUCAUGAUUGGAGCUAACAUGAAACAUUACAUGCGGUACGAAGGAUCAGGCACCACUCCACCCUGCAACGAAAAUGUCAUCUGGACUGUCUACCUCGUGCCUCUUUUGAUUCCUGCCAGCAUGAUAAAGAAUUUUACAAUUCUCAAAAAUGAAGAAUUCAAAGAGAUGAAGAACGUGUACCGGCCAAUUCAGCCUCUCAACGGCCGGACGGUUUACCUCUCAGCAGGGAGCUCCAUUCCCACCAUCUCUGGAGCCGCUCUUGUCGUCUGGGUCUCCAUUCUGCGCCUCAUCAUAAAUGUCAACUAAAAAGAUCAUCUGUGGGGUGGGUGGGGGUCCGUGCGGCCCUUUGUUCAUUUUUUUUUAUUUUGAGUUUGUUGGAGGCUGAGGUGCAAACUCCUUGAAGGACCCACAGCUUUCAGACCCUCAUGUUAGGGUCCCUCCUGAAGCCCCAGAGCAGCAACCUAAUUUGGGGGCUCCACACUCGUGGUGGUCUCUCACUGCCUUGUGCUCGGACGCUUUUCUUUUAGUAAUAAACGCCGCCAUGUUUGCCACAAGUCCUCCACUCUUUCUGGUCCUUGGCUUUGUUUUUGUUACGUUCCUUUUUUUCAAUUUGGCUUUGUCAGGACAAGCAGUCUCAUCACAUCAACAUGGACACCAGUGCCACUUAUUACAUAAAACCAGUACUAUGUGUGUCUUUAUUCAGGUACAGCAGUCGGUGCCAAUCACCUAUGUAAAGUAGAAUGACUUCAGAGCUGGGCACCAGUGCCCAUUAUUAUACAGACCAGUCUCUGUGCUUAAUCAGAUCGAGCAGUCAGUGUCCAUUAUUACUUAAACCAGAAUGACUAAGAUGGGCACCUGUGCCCAUUUUUACAUAAACUAGUAGGUGCUUGUGCCCACUGCCUUUGUAAACCACAAUGAUAUCUAAGCUGGGCACCACUGCCUGUUUCUAUACAAACCAGGUGUCCCAAAUGACUGGGGACCCUGCCCAGCCAGGACGCCUGGACAGUCCCUGAGAUGGACGAUACCCCCCCCGGGCCAUAAGAGGGCAGCCGCCCGGGUCUGUCUGGGGGCCAUGGGAACGGAACUGGGACGCUCACCCCUAUGGGAGGAUGUGGCCACCGCCAGGGGGCGCCCGAACAGUUAAGGAAUCCUGGAUGGCAGCACUUCCGCCACACCAUGAAGUUCUGCCAGAAGCAAUCCCAGGGGCACCCGGAGUGUUUCCAGGCGCUCUCCUGACACUUCCGCCACACCAGGAAGUGACGUCAUCCGGGUCAUGAUAAAAGGGGCCGCCUCCCUCCAGUA